CGAAGCGCUCGGAGGUGGGUUUUAAAGGGUGGGAAGGAUACAAUAUUUCAGAACGGCGACAAGGAGCAAGGCUGCUUGCCACUGGCAAAUUAAUUAAAUUCCUAGAGGCUGGUCGGAAAGGGCAAGUUGGUCGACCAAGCCGGGCAAGACUCCUGUGCUCAGCUCGUGGGAAUAUUGUAAUUAAGAUAUGCACUCUCCACCCUCCAUUUUAACCCCCGUUCUCCAAUCCCGGCCAGCCCUCGUUCCCGCGCCGUGGUGGAUGAUUUACGCUUCGAAGGACGCGGUAUUGUCUGUUUCGACCGUUUCUAAAUUGCAUCCUAUUAUGGUGCUUGGGCUCCGAGGUUGACGCGCCACCGAGCUUCCACCAUCCUCUGAGCGAGGACCGCUUCAAAUUACUCCACUCUGAUUGACGCUUAACGCUUCUGUUUAUUCUACGUGUAUGGAAAUAGGAAUAACCGUGCAAUAAAUAGGGGAGGGAUAAAGGGAAGGAAACUAGGGAAACACGGUGGUGAAAUUGAUGUCGAUGAGAUUUAUCGGAUUUAUAGUCGAAUUAUGAUAUGAUUGGAAUAUUGUCCAUGCGAGUUCGUCAAACGGAAUAGAAUCGAUAAAAGAAACGGGGUGUAAAAGUCAAAUUUCAAUGUCUUUAUACAGUUUAUGAAAUCGCAAUAUUCGACUGUUUUUCACGGGAACGAAGGGGAAUGUUUUUUCAAAGUUCCCAAGCCCACAAAGCAAUAUUAAAACGUGGCAUAGAUUAGCAUAGAAUGUACAAGUACAUUCUACGCGAGAAGGGGAGGGAAAAAAAAAAAAAAUUCUCUCUUCCCUUGCGUAUGGAAAUGCAAUGAAAUUUUUCCUCGUGAAUCACCGAUAUAUCCAUCCGUGAUCACCGUUUUUCAAUAUUAUCAGAACAUCGUUGCUAUUUAUUCUGUAUUUUCAUCAAAAUUAAUACCGUCCACCGUUCUUCCCUCGUAUUUCUCGCGUUGUAAUAUAUUCCCUUUUUUUCUUCUUGCUCCUCCCUUUCCAAACGUUCAUUUGGUUAUCGAUUUAUUUUUUAAAACGUAAAACGAUACUCACCACCACAGAUAUAUAUAUAUAUGUAUAUAUAUAUACGUACCGUAUUAAAUUCACAAACGUCAACGAAACGUCCAGAGAGGUUACAAAAUUCUUCGUUCUCGAUUCGAACGGAUUUCCAUAAACAAAUGACGGUUUUUUCUCGUCUCGUAUCGCGUUGUAAAAAUCGAUCUCGUAUCGCGUGGUGUCCGAUGGCACCAGGUGUUCCACGGAUUUUUGUAUAAUUAAUAGAAAAAAAAAAAAGGAAAAAAAAAGUGCACAACUAACAAUGAAUUCCAUCGACGUUGAAAGCUGUGAAGCGAUGAAGACGUGCCGGUUUGAGAAACCGGUCGAGAUCUUAGGAUUUUCAUAGAGAAACGGAAGAUUUGUCAGCUUCAUCAUGGAAAGCAUCUGCGCCCUCCUUGCCACUGUAAUCCUCAUAUUUCCUCUCAUCAUUCAACUCCAAAUGUUAAUCGCAGAUCCAAAGAAGCUGUGCACGAUCUUCCACUACUACGCCACCACCACCACGUCCGAAGAGUCUGACAAGACCUCAUCCCUCAACAUGCUGCAACAGUAUCCCAAAGACCAAAGGACGGCAUUCAACGUUCCCAGCUCCAAUUCCAAGAUAUUGUUGACCAACCUGAGAACCGUUUCAUCCUCCCCGAAUCUGAUACAGAACGACGCUCUAACCUCGAUCCCUUUCGAGAUGAAGAACAGGGAUUCGAACGAAAGCGACAUCGCGGAACACUCGUCCACGUUCGUGAAAACCGGCCAAGUCUUGCCCAUAGUAGACAUCACGUGGAAUUACAACUCGUUCCGUUUCAAAACGUUCGAGGAAUGCCUGAGAAAUUGUUACGGUGACAAGUAUCCGCCCGGCGAGGUUGUGCUCAACUCGAUGCAGUUGAAUCUGUUGGACUCGUAUACGAACGUGACGUUGGGCAUGGCAGGCCUGUUCGAUUUCGCCAAGGAGGAGGGCGAGUCGUCCCAUUUGGAGGCCGUCGAGACGAAGCAAGAAAUCGAGUAUCUUGAUCCGUUGGAUCACUUUGUGACGAAACAGCACUGCAAACCGGCCACCAUAGAGAGAUUCACGAAAACGGAUCACGAGGAGGAUCGAGGGUGGGACAAUAUGGCGUCGUGGCACGACAUGGAGGAGGACUGUGAUAUCGAGGCUGUGAUCACAGGUCGGGAAAAGAAUCAGCCGAAUCGAAGAUCCUUCAGGAAGAUCGAGGCUCCUCGCAAAUGCUAUUUGUCCUCGUCUCGGCGUGUUUGCAGGACGAAUGAUUCUUGAUCGGAGGGGGGAGGGAGGGGGGGAGAGGGAGAGGGAGAGGGAGAGGGUGAGGGAAGAAAGCCGGGGAACAUGGCGGGGAACACGGCUGCUACGGAGGAUCGAUUAGGGCAACUGGGCUGAUUGGGGUGGAAGGUGGUUGGACGUAAUAUUUGUCGUGAAAUUACGAUCUCUUCUUUUUUGAUUUUAGCGAACGAAGAAGAAUUUUCCUUGCGUUUUCUUUUUAUAUUAUAUAAUAUAUAUAUAUAUAUAUAUAUUUUAUUUUCGCGUCGAUUGCUAAAAAGGGGUGAUCUCGAGAAACUUGAGAGGUACCUCGAGAGGUAUAUACGAUUUAUUGUGUGGAAUAUAUAAUUGACGUUUUUAUAUAGCGUGAUUAAUAUUCGUGUAAAGUUACUUUUUAAUUCGUUAAUUUUAAUUCGUUACUUGCUCUUUUUUUGAGGGAUAUUUUAGUCUUUUAGGAAACGGUGAAUUUGAAAUUUGGAAUAAAUUUUUGGUCAUGCCAAAAUGUGAUUAAGUCGUGAUCGAUUUUGCAAAAUUGAUAUUGAUUUUUCUGUUUUUUUUUUUUUUUUUCCCCUUAAUCCUCAUAUGUAUUUAUAUCGUAUCUUUUAUCGAGCAUGUCGCUAUAACUAUAUGAACCUAUUCAUGAUUGAUAUGAUUUAUCAUGGUAAAAAUAAAAAGAAAAAAAAAAUAUUGUUUUCCUAAAAAUUAAAAAUAAAAUAACACAUUUAAUAUCCAGCCAAGGCUUAACAUUAUUACCACGUUUUGACUUGCGUUUGAUCGCAUUUGAUCUCGUUCAAUUUCACGUUCAAUUUCUUCACACACGCGAAGACGAAGGAGCAAUUAUCCGAUAUUUCAUUCCUCCCGCUUUUAAAUACGGAACUCGUGGAGUUAAACGCGGAAUCGAAAUCCGAAUUGCACCCCCGCUCGUGACCCAAUAAUAUUAUUUGAAGGUUAAUUACACGUUGCCACGAAUCUACCGUGAUUAAAUUACACGCGGUAUCGGGAUUCGGUAUCGUUUCGUGGUGGAAGGCGAGAUUUGUCCGUAGGCGGGAUCAACGUCGAACGUGACAAUGACAUUAGCAUUCACUAAUGACAGGUACACAAGAGCCACGUGUGCAUUUCGGUUGCGGAACGGGGAAGGGGGAGAGAGAGAGAGAGGUUUCGUCGAACGUGGUUUUGAAUAGAAAUCGGUAAUGGAUAGGAAGGGAUUGGAUUGGAAGGGAAUUCCCGCAGGAUAUUCCUCUCUAGGAAUUGCGUCUAUUUAUUGAUCGACCGUUGCAUUCGAAUAUUCAAACGAACCUUGGCCUCCAUCCACUUUUGCCUCCGCCUCCACCUUCCCAUUCUGUCUCUCGCCUCUACGCCUGUCCUUGAACGCGAUUGUCUAUCGCGUUCGAUAUAAUAACCGAUAAUUUCGAUGAUUUCGAUAAUAUCGAAAGGGGAGAUAGGUGUAUCAAUUACACUACUGUACUGUCUCUAUUGUUCCAGAAAUUAAUCCAGCCAGGAUUAAUUGUAAUGAUAUCCGAGGACGUGUUUCGUUCGGGGCGGAAGGGAAAUACUUUAUUCGAAUAAAAGGAUUUAUUUGAAAAUAUUGUUGAACGGGUUUAAUGCUUCUCGAGUUCUCAAGUUUACUUAAAAGUUUAAUUGUUCGUCUUGAUCAAAAUUUAAAGUUUGAUUCAAGAAAACACAAGUUUUCUCUUAGCCCAGGCACUUUUGAAGCCAUUAGCCACCGCGUUCGUUUAAGGGCCGUGAAAGAAAAUUUGUUUCAAUUUUUAAAUUGUUAUAUUGGAUUCUCAAUGUUUCUUUCUAUAUUUUAAAAACACGACAUUUUUCUAUAUAUUUUAAAUUUAAAAAAAAAAAAAUUUGAAUGGAAUCGAAGAAUUAACGAAUCGAUACAUUCUCCACGAUCAAUUAUCAAGAAAUUAUUCUUCGAUCAUUCUUCAACUUUGGAGUUUCGCCAUUUCAAAAAUCUCUUCAAUUUUGUUUCAAUUUUUAAAUUAUUAUAUUGGAUCCUGUAACCUUUCUUUCUACAUUU